AUGGAAGACAUUCUGAACAUACACGAAAAGCCGUACUUCGAAGAAAGUAUAACAAAAUUUGAGUAUCAUUCGUAUCAACCAUUUUCUAGUAAUGCGCUGUCGAAUAACGAUGAAAUACGGAUUGCGAUACAACAUCAAGAUUUGUAUACUCUUCCCAGUGAAUCGCUGCUAUACAUCGAAGGCGAAAUAGAGAAAAGUAUGGAAAUAGGUGAGAGUGUGUCAUUUGUAAAAUUAAUUAACAACGGUAUUAUGUUUCUGUUUGAUGAAAUUCGUUACGAAUUAAACUCGGUUGAACUUGAUAAAGUAAGAAACCCUGGUAUAACAACAUGUAUGAAAGGUUAUGCCUCUUUUCAAACGGCAAACCUUUACCGAUAUCAAAACGCUGGAUGGAAUGAAAGUGGUGACAGUAAGUCGAAAUUUGAAGUUUGUAUACCUCUCAAAUUAAUCAUUGGGUUUGCGGAAGAUCAUCGUAAAAUUAUAAUCAAUUCUCGGCAAGAACUUAUAUUGCAUAGAUCCAGCGUGGAUAUUAACGCAUUAAAAUGUGAGCGAGCGAAUGGUAAAAUAAAAAUCGCAAAAAUAAUGUGGAGAAUGCCACACAUAAACGUAGAAGAUAGUGUUAGAUUGAAACUUUUGAAGACGUUAGAUUCUCGUAAACCACUUUACAUCGCUUUUAGAAGUUGGGAGUUAUUUGAAUAUCCAUUUUUACCACAAACAACAAAACAUUCGUGGGCCGUAAAGACAUCUACACAUACUGAAAAACCUAGAUAUGUGAUUAUAGCGUUUCAAACUAAACGUAAAAACAAUAUAUCUGCAGAUAUGAGCCGAUUCGACCACUGUUCUCUAUCAUCACUCAAAGUUUUUUUAAAUUCAGAAUCUUAUCCAUAUGACAGUUUAAAUAUUGAUUUUGAUAAUGAUAAAUAUUCAGCGUUAUAUCAAAUGUAUUCAACAUUUCAAGAUAGCUUCUAUAAUAUUGAAAAUUGUGAUCCUAUUUUAACUAAAGAAGAAUUCAAAGAUACCGCUCCUUUGGUUGUCAUUGAGUGCUCGAAACAGAAUGAAAAAAUUAAAAGUGCUCCUGUAGACGUUCGAAUUGAAUUCGAAACCAAGAUUCCUAUACCAAACGAUACGUCAGCAUAUUGUCUUAUAUUACAUGAUAAAAUUUUCGAGUACAACGCAAUGACUAGUGAAGUACACAAGGUAGUUUAA